CUGUUGAAUAUGUUGGGCGGUGGGUAAUGUUUGACCUACUAUGGCUGCCGUCAGCAGGAACAGGCACCGGAGAGAUACAAAAUCAAUACACACGUUAUUUUCUCAUCGAAAGAUGACGCAUUUUAAACUCUUCUGGUGUUUCAUUUUCUUUGUUUUUACUGUUAGCCACUGUUUCGCUGACGACGACGACGACCACGAAAUGGAGGAAUUCCUCAAACGAGAGUAUUCCCUCACCAAGCCCUACCAAGGUGUGGGAUCUUUAGGCUCCUCCCACUGGGAGCUGAUGGGUGAUGCCAUGGUAACCACUGAACAGGUGCGCCUCACACCUGACAUGCAGAGCCGGCAGGGGGCAGUAUGGGGCCGACUUCCUUGCCAUCUGAAUGACUGGGAGAUGCAGGUGCACUUUAAGAUUCACGGACAAGGAAAGAAGAACCUUAAUGGGGAUGGGCUGGCUAUUUGGUACACAAAGGAGCGCAUGCAGAAAGGUCCUGUGUUUGGAAAUAAGGACAACUUUACUGGAUUGGGCAUUUUUGUGGACACGUAUCCCAAUGAGGAGAAACAUUUAGAGGCACAAAAGAAGAGAUACACUCCCCGCACACAGAGGAUCUUCCCUUUCGUUCUCGCCAUGGUGGGCAACGGCACCAUCAGCUACGACCACGAGCGGGACGGCCGUCCCACAGAGCUGGGGGGCUGCAAUGCCAUGGUGCGCAACCUCAAGCAUGACACAUUCCUAUUCAUCCGCUACGUCCGCCGCAGACUGACGGUAAUGAUCGACAUAGAUGGACAACACGAGUGGAGGGACUGCUUGGACAUACCUGGCGUGCGGCUGCCAAAAGGCUUUUAUUUUGGUGCGUCCGCAAUCACAGGAGACCUUUCAGACAACCAUGACAUCAUCUCACUGAAACUCUACCAACUGACGGUGUUGCGGAGUAAACAGGAAGAGGAAGAGGCAGAAGAGGAAAUCACCAUACCCAGCGUGGAUAACAUGGAGCUCCUCAGAUUGAGUCAGACUGAGGAAGGCAUGAGUGGAUUGGCCAUUUUCUUCACCGUCCUCUUCUCCAUGCUGGGUUGCAUCUUUCUCGUCGUCAUAGGCCUCUUGGUCUACAGUCACUGGAACGAGAGCCGGCGCAAGCGAUUCUACUGAGGAGGCGAGUGGGGAGAGAAAGAAAGGACGGCAGGGUUGGGGAUGCUGUGGUCUGUGGACCCUCGCUGCACUGACACCAAUUGUGGGAUGAUCUUCGCCUUGCCAUGGGUCGACACGGAGCAACUUCUGAGCAGCUACAUUUCUGAAUAUGACUUUCAACUGUUUAUGUUCAGGGUUUCUUCACCAUCUGCUGUUUAAGGUAGUACAUUUGUUGUGGCAGUGCACCUGCCACAACAUUAGGGAUACCUGCACAAUCUGAUGACAUCCAAAAUAGGAGGGUUUGAGAAGCAUAGUGAAAGGGGCUAGCAAAACAUAUCGGUACUCUAGAACAGUGGUUUUCAACUGGUUUGGGUGCGGGACCCACCAUCACCCCUCAGUAACAAGCGGCUACCCAAAUUGCAGAAAAUGUUCAACUUCUUUAAAUAUCUUCUAUUUAAAGGGCUUGUUUGCAAGUUACUCGGCUGCCUAGAAGGCAUCAACUUGGUAACGUGUUGCAAGCAUCCCGCCCUCUUCCUGCUUAGGACAAUAUUUUUAUCCACAAAUUACAAAAAUGAUUUGAACAAAUUUAAAGAGUUCAAUGAUAGCAACUGGACUUGGACCUGGAUGAGAGGUGAAACAUCUCUAAGAAAGUCAAGCUGGUCCAGUUGCUCUCAUUCAACUCCUCAGAUGAACAAAAAAGAACAAUUCAAAGAUAUUUAUAUAAUAUAUAAAUAUACUGUAACUUUUUUUCUGAUUAACUCAGCAGGUAAGUUUAUUAUUAAUAGGAGGUGCAUUUCUUUUGUAGACCACCCCUCUGCCUGGGUCAAUAGAUUAAACUGGCCCGAAAAUGUACCGGUGAGUCUCCAUUGUGGGCGGAAUUAUGUUACACAAUGUGAGCUGGAGCGGUGAGUGUAUCACGCUGUUCUCCAGCAGAUACAAAGGCUAUGUAGCUGUGUGUCGGAUGGACGACGUCCUCUGGCCAAGUCACCUGUAAACAUAGCACACACCUCGAAACCGGGGUGCUAUUCACACGGGAAACGAGACAAAUGAGGAGUUCCAUGCCCGCUAGGUUACCUACUUUAACAAGCAAGACAUUGACGCAUGGGAGCUGAGAAAAGCAUAGCAAACAAAUAGGAUAGACACGAGGUGCAUUCAUAGACAUUGGGUCAUUAGUUGUUUUUUCGGUGACCCACCAGUUGACAAUUACUGCUCUAUAAUACUGAAAGUUUUCAAUGUAGUAUCAUAAGUGGGUAUAGAGGGCAGCAAAGGACUGAAAUUAUAUGAAGGCAACUUUUUAUUUGGAUUUGCACCAACAUUUUAUGGUUUAUUGCAGUUUGCAGUGGUGUACAACUGCACUUUAUCAUACUGGAGUGGUGUUUGUAAUAAUUUGAUUACCUUCUUUAGCUACAUAUGGGGGGGUGGGGUACAAAGAAACCGAGUGGCAGUUAGAUAACUUGUGUGUCCUCCUUUAUAUAUCAAGUUUUCACAAAACUGAACAUCCAAAAUGUGAUUAAUUUCAAUGCACUGAAGAAAGGGUGAGAAGUUUCUUUUCCACCUCUGCUUUUAAAAUGACAGUUUGUAUUAUGUAUUUAAUGCUGCUCCACUUUUGUAGUACACUCCACAAGCUCACUGUUGUGGCUUCAAACAUUCUCAUUUUGGAGGUAAAACUGUUCUCGAAAUCAUUUUGUUUUGUUAAUGACUACUUUGUGAUAACCACUUACUUUCCAGCAUUUAGAUUUUUAUUCCUCAUUUGUAACCCUUUCCCCUUCCGAUGUGCCUCAUGUGUCCGUUCAGUGGCCCAAUUUUCAUAUUCUAAUUCAUAAAGGCGAAAUAUUUCAA